AUGGGGCUGACAAACCGCACUGUCAGCUUGGAAGAAGAACGAUAUUGUGAAGUUAUUCCGGUAUCCUGUUCUAUCAAUGGUUGUUCAAAGCACCUCAAGAACUCAAGAAAGUUGACAAACCCCAACUCAGAAGCCACAGAGUCGGACUUUCUCGUUGAAACAACACUGAUCUUUGGACAGAAGUUCUGCACAAUCACCUGCUUACAAACCAGCGAGGGCACUCCUUUGGUAUCUGGUCCAACAAGCUCGUACACAGACUCAUUAUAUGGCGAUUUCAACCCAAAGUCGACGUUCGCUGGCUUCUCCGACAUGGGCCCAAAUCACUAG